UGUGAGUGAGUGAAGGAGCUGCAUCUCACAGCCUCCUGUAUUCGGGGGUCUGGUAACACAGGGAUAGCUGGUGCUCCUGUCCUGGCUGCAGGAUUGUACAAGGAGCCCGAGUCUGGCUACUUCUUCCUUUUCCCCGCUCCCCUUUCCGCAGGUCCUCUGGUAACCAGGAGCCCUCACCAUGGUCAGCACCUGGGGCAGCCUUCGGGUCUUUCUGAUCCUUCACCUUGCCAGCUUGUCUGUGGCACAGUUUAGAGGUCCUCCAGGAGAACCAGGUCCUCCUGGCCCACCAGGCCCACCAGGGAUCCCAGGAUCAGAUGGCAUAGAUGGUGACCCAGGGCCUCCAGGUAUCGCACCACCAGGUGCAAAAGGAGAUCCUGGCCCCCCUGGGCCAGAUGGACUUUCUGGUGAAUCCGGCAUUGAUGGUUUAACAGGAGCUAAAGGAGAUCCUGGACCACCUGGCCGUCCUGGUCAAAAAGGCCAGCCAGGACUACCAGGACCACCAGGAAAACCAGGUCCUGGUAUCGCUGGGCUUCCAGGUAGCCCAGGACCAGUUGGACUUCCAGGUGAAAUAGGAGCUACAGGACCCAAGGGUAUAAAAGGACCCGAUGGAUCAGCUGGACCCCCAGGGCCACCUGGUAGACCUGGCCCUUCAGGGAAUAUCCAGGGGCUGGAAGGCAGUGCAGAUUUUCUGUGUCCAACAAACUGUCCAGCCGGGCCAAAGGGACCACAAGGGCUUCAGGGAGUGAAGGGACAUAAAGGACGUCCUGGACCCCUCGGAGAGCCAGGACUGCAAGGCAAAACUGGUCAAAAGGGUGAUGUUGGAAUUUCAGGGGAGCAAGGAAUCCCAGGACCCCGGGGCCCACAGGGAAUCCGUGGCUAUCCCGGAAUGGCUGGACCCAAAGGAGAGACAGGUCCUACUGGAUACAAAGGGAUGAUCGGAUCUGUUGGAGCCGCAGGGAAGCCAGGUGAGGAAGGGCCAAAAGGACCCCCUGGAGUGCCAGGAGAGAAAGGAGACCGGGGAGCUCGUGGCAUCAUUGGACAAAUUGGGGCCAUGGGACCAAAAGGCAACAACGGUCUUCCUGGUAUAGAUGGAAAAGAUGGUACCCCUGGCAUUCCUGGAGUGAAGGGUAGCCCUGGUCGCAAUGGGAUCGCAGGUCCUCCUGGUCAUCAAGGACUUGCUGGCUUGCCAGGUCAGCCUGGAGCUAAAGGAGGAUUUGGACAGAAGGGUGAGCCAGGUUCUCGUGGAGAGCCAGGAUUCACAGGAGCUCCUGGAAAGCAGGGAGAAAGAGGUCCACCUGGAGAAGCUGGUCCAAGAGGCGUUGUUGGUGUGAAGGGAGAUCGUGGGGAGAGAGGACCAGUCGGACCAAUUGGUCUACAGGGCAAAGUAGGGGCAAAGGGUGAACAGGGUCCUCCUGGUGUACCAGGACCCCAGGGAAUUCCCGGAAUUAAAGGAGACAAGGGCUUCCCUGGAAAAGUUGGGUCAAAGGGAGAGGUGGGAGAUCCUGGAGUUGAAGGUUUGGGUGGAGAGAAAGGAGAGAAGGGAGAAUCUGGUGAACCUGGUCCCAAAGGGCAGCAAGGUGUCCAUGGAGAAUUGGGAUACACUGGUCCCACAGGAGACCCUGGCCAGCCUGGAGUACAUGGGCUUGCUGGUCAACCAGGGCCACGAGGGCUGAAUGGUGAGAGAGGAGUACCUGGUUUGCCAGGACGACAAGGAGUUCCAGGUCGUGAUGCUGGUGACCAGCACAUUGUGGAAGUGGUUCUGAAAAUGCUACAAGAACAACUUGCAGCUGUGGCAGUCAGUGCUCAGAGAGCAGCCUUGGGAGGAGCUGGUGUUGUGGGGCCACCUGGACCACCUGGACCACCAGGUCCACCUGGAGAUCAAGGACCACACGGCCACCAUGGGUCUCGUGGUGUACCUGGAAUUGUGGGUGUGAUGGGACAGAUCGGAAACAUAGGCCCUAAAGGAAAGCGAGGAGAGAAGGGAGAUCGGGGUGAUACAGGUCGUGGACACCAAGGUUUGCCAGGACCCCCAGGAAUCCCAGGUAUCCCUGGCAUUCCUGGCCAUGCCCUUGACGGAAAACAUGGAGAGAGAGGUCCUGAAGGAGCAGCAGGACAACCCGGAAGGCCAGGUUCUCCAGGGCCUCCAGGCCUUCCAGGAUUUUGCGAAGCAGCAGCUUGUUUGGCAGCAUCUGCAUACGCUCCAGCUUCUCUAACUGAGCCAGGUACCAUCAAGGGUUAAGGAUCCCACUUCACCCGUCUACCAUUCCCCCAGGAUGCCACACACAAACUGAGAAAUCUGAAUUAACUAGGGAACUAUCCCAUUCCCUGCUGCAUGGGCCCACACCCCACAUGUACCCCCUCACUCCAAAGGGUUCUUUCUGGCAGAGAAUGGGGUUAAUGGUAUCAACGGAACCAGAAACUUUGGCAAGGCCAAGGGAGGAACCAAAGAAAGAGGUUAUGAGGCUCAAAAAUGAAAACCUAGCCACACAGUACCUCACUCAGCCACUAUCCUAAACUCUUAGACAUCAAGAAAACCCUGCCUCUCUCUACUUUGGAAACAAAUAGGAGGAUCAUGAGAUGAUAUGGCUACCUGAGGAGCAAAUGUGGUGUAGGAAUGAACUGACAUCAAUGUAUAUGCCACAAUAUAAAGCAAUAUUAAUGGUGCAUGGAGAACAAUGGGAUAGUAUUCUUACAGAUUGUUACACUCACGUGGGAACCAUUGGUAAAUGUGAAUAAAUGUGUUACCAUUAACAAAUAGACAAUCCAUAAAUGUACCAGGAAAGUCCAUUCAAAAUGUUACCAUGCACACAAGCAAGAACUUUGUCAGUUCCUGAAUAAUUGUUAGAAUUAAAGCAAUUGUGUGAAUCGACUCUUAUUCUUAAAGAACCAAAAUAUAAUGCUAUACCUUUUACUGCUUUAUACCUCUGCACAUUGCUAGCGUUUAGCUGAUAAAUUACUCACGGUCUUAAGUUUGGCAUAUGUUAUCUUCCCAGUAUACAUGUAUACCGGUACAUUCCCCUCGCCUUCUUGUAAAUAUAGCUAAUAAGAAGUUUAAUGGGACAUAGCUUAAAAAAAAGCACAACAGAUUGGUGUUAUGGGACUGACAGCGUCCCUUUUGCCAUAUCAUGUCAUAAGAGACAGAUAUUAAUUGUAUCAUUAGUGAUCUGCCUCUCUUUUCUGUGCUAGAUAUGUUUCCAGCUCUGUAGGUAAUGUUGGUAUGUCUGGUGAAUCGUGUUUGUUCCGUCUGUCAUUGAGAGAGACGCUUUUGUCUUCGCUGUAUGUUUGUCCUACGUGUCUGUGUAUGUCUAUCUCUCUUUUCUGUCUGGUGUCAAUUUUUGCGUGGGUUCUAUCUUUCUCUUCCCUCUUUUGGUAAAUAUAAUUUUACCUUCAACAUGAAAAUUACAUGUGUGUCUCUGUUUUGCGCAUUCUUCAUGUCCUCUUCGUAUCGUAUGUGGAAAAUGAGCAUCAAGCAUGUUUGUAAUAAAGCGUUGUUGUAUAUGUC